AUGCGGUCUCCCUUGCAGGCCGCUUCGGCGCGAAGGCAAAGGAGCGACGCUUGGGAGGAUUUCGAGCCUGAGCGAGCGGCCCCUCGGGCCGCUACGGCUUUCCUCGGCACCAUUCAGGAUGGGGAGGUCGCACUUGGUGCACUCCGAGGUUUGCUGGAAGGGAGGCUCGAAGCCAACGCUUUUCACUACAACUCCGUCAUCUCUGCCUGUGCGAAGUCUGGGCGAUGGCAGCUGGGAGCGGAAAUUUUUGGAGAGUCGCAACACAAGGCAGUUCUUUUGACUUCCUCGAGCUACGGCACAGCGGUGGCUUUGUGCACUGCUGCCGCUCCCGCAGCUCCCGCCGCAGCUCCCGCAGCCAAAUGGCCGACGGUGUUUCAUUUGCUGCGUGGGCUGCGACGAGUGAGCCUACAACUGGAUCAAAUCUGCUUGAAUGCUGCGAUGCAUGCUUGCACGGAAGCCGGGCAAUGGCGAUCGUCCUUGCAGAUACUGAAGAUUUCCAUGCCAAACCACAUUACCUUCAAUUCUGCAGUCAACGCUUGCGGUUCGGCCCGGAAGUGGGAAGUCGGAGUCCGGUUCUUCAGCAGGAUGAUGGUGCUCCGACUGCUGAGCGAGAGAAGCUAUGGAGUCUUGGUCGACUUAUGUGGCCGCUCCACUGCAUGGCGCUUGGCCUUGCAGCUGUGCAGGAGCGCUGCCGUCCAGCCCAACCCCAUCACUCUGAAUGCAGCGACGACGGCUUGCGGAAAGGCUGCGCAGUGGUUAGCAGCGCUUCAGCUGUUGCGGGCACCGGACAUCAUCGGCUGCAACGCUGCAAUGAGUGCCUGCGAGAAGUCGGGCCAGUGGCAGGCGGCCCUGCACCUGCACCCUCAGGCUGGUGAUGUGGUAAGCUUCAGUGCAGCCAUCAGUGCCGUGGGACAAAGUAAACUCUGGCCAGCUGCGGUCGAGUUGCUGGAUAGCAUGUUGCAGCAGCAAGUGAAGCCAAACUCCGUGAUCUGCACUGCUGCCAGCUGUGCAUUCAAAGGGCAGUCAGGGCAGUGGCAAAAGGCCUUCUGGCUGAGGUCCCAUCAGACCAGAACUGGACCACGAGAGCGUUCGUCGCCUCUAUGCGAGCUUGCUUGGAGGUUGGCGCAGCCUGGUGCGAGGCCCAGGAGUGAGGAGAUUGCACGGCUGGUGGAGCAGGCCAGGAGAGAGCCUCUCGCAGAAAUGCGCCCCGUGGAGCUUUCAGUACUGGUCUGGAGUUUUGCAAGCCUCUCUGUGUCCGACGUUGCAGUCGAUCGCUUCGUGAAUGCCGUGCUGGAGCAUGUCGGCGGGGGGUUCCAGAACUUCCGGACAAGCGAUUUGGCCAGGCUCUCCUGGUCUCUGACAAGCCUUAGAAGGGCGAGCGCCGUGCUGGAAGAUCUCCAGAAGGAGUUUCUGAAUCGGCUAAGAUGCGAAGAUGUUGAUGCAGACUCUGCGGUCUCUGCGUUGACACUUCUCUGGAGUGGUUCCUUUGCCGGAUGGCUACCAAAAUCGACUGCCAUCGAGAUGGAAGGUUCGCUGGCUCACUUCGGGAGGUCCUGCGACCAGACUGCCGCCGGGGCCCGGGCCCACACAGCCCUGGCGCCCGUCGCCGCUCGCCACAGAGCUGGGCGCAGCGGACGCAGCUCAGAGCACCCGGCGCCAGGAGAUGCAGCCGGAGAAGGAGAAGUCCGAGGACACGCCGAGGGCCGCGGAAUUAAACAUCAUCCUCUGCGAGAAGGAAGCAGAGAGACGAACGAACCCCAUCUCGUGCUUUCCCUGGCUGACCUAGCCGUGGUGCAGAAGCCUCCGGAGUGGCAGGUGGAUGACGGGGAAGGUUCUGAACCACACGAGCAUCAGAGGGGGCUGCUCUCAGCCUUUGUGCAGGCAUUGUUUCCAAGAUGCCGCAAGCUCUUCACGCACCUCGGGCGCAGCCGGGGUUUCCUUCACCGCCUGGACGUGCCAAGCUCCGGCUUGAUCCUGGUGGCCAAGUCGCAUGAAGCCUGGUAUCGCUUGAAGGUGCAGGCAGCCUGUGGUGGAAUUCGGCGCGACUACAUCGCCCUGUGCCACGGCUGGAUGAGUGCCGGGCGACAGGAAAUUUCAGCACGAGUUCACUGGUGGCCGGAUGGCAGGGGAGGGCCAAGCCAUGUGGAGGAUGCCGGGCGGCUUGCAAAGACGAUGCUCAAGGUUACGGAGUUGUGCAGGACCGCAGCGAGAGGUUUCAGCCUGGUCGACAUCCGGAUUGUGACCGGGCGCAUGCACCAGAUCCGGCUGCACACAGCACACGUGGGCCAUCCUACGGUCAGAGACGGGAAGUACACCCCCAAUGCGACCUUUCAGGAAGAUGCCAGCUGGUGCCCAGACCACUUUCUGCAUCGGUACUCCUUGGCUUUUAUGGACAUGUCAAAGCGGCAGCACAAGGUCUUCGAGCCUUUGGCCAAGAGCUUGAAGGAAGCUCUGAGGCAGCUCGGAAAGAAGGGGCGUCGCGACGUCCAUUGGAUUCCAUUGGACCUCUCCGAGCUGCAAGACAAGGACUUUGAGCAGUGGGUGACAGACAUGUCAGAGGCCUUGUCCGGCGGCUCGGCCGGGGCGGCGCCUGCGAGGGCCUUGGCUCGCAACGUGGAGGAGAAGGCCGCCGCACAGGUCUUUCGUCAAGCCACACCUGGCGUCGUCGCCGUGGCCCGGGGCUACCGGCAGGGAGAGCGACGCCGGAGCGGCGGGGCCGAAGAUGGCUUGCCGCCAUCUCUCGGCAGUGGCUUUGUCUGGGAUACUUCGCAUGUUGUGACGAACUAUCAUGUCGUGCGCGAUCUGGCGCCUGGUGAAUUGCAGAUCGUUUUCAUCGACCCUGUGAGCAGCAAGGAUGAGACUGAGAUGCCAAAGCGGGAGAUCUUGAAGGGCGAGCUCGUUGGCUCCGACCCCUUCACGGACACUGCCGUCAUCAAGAUUGUUCCUCCCACGACGGGAACUAUGACCGUCGGUAUGCAUCCACUCCCCACAGGGGAAUCUUCCUCACUCGAAGUGGGCCAGACUGUCUUUGCCAUUGGGAACCCUUUUGGCCUGGACCACAGCAUGAGCCGCGGCAUUAUCUCUGGCAAGUCCAGGACUCUCGACAUCGGCGAGAGGCCCAUCCAGGGUUGCAUUCAGACAGAUGCCUCCAUCAAUCCGGGCAACUCCGGUGGUCCUUUGUUGGACGCUGGCGGCCGUGUCAUCGGUGUGAACACCGCCAUCUUGACAGCUAGUGGCACUUCCGCCGGGGUUGGCCUCGCGAUCCCAGUGGACACAGUGAAGCGCAAUGUGGAGCUGAUCCUGAAGCAGGGAUUCGUCUCUCGUGGCUUCCUUGGAAUCACCUUCGCCCCGGACCCGAUCGCCGAUGCAUUGCAAAUUCCUGGUGUUAUCGUGUAUGGCAUUGUGCGAAAUAGCCCCGCGGAAGCGGCAGGAGUUCGUCCGAUGCUGAACGGAACCAUCGGCGAUGUGAUUACAUCGAUGGAUUCGAAGACUAUUCGCACUGGUGCCGAUGUCUUCCGUCUGUUGGACAAGAGGGUCCCCGGCGACAUCGUGGCUUUGGGCCUGCAGAGGGCCCGGAGGGAUGUAGAUGGAAAUGCGAUUGUGGACAAGCUGACGCUGAAUGUUACGCUGAGUAGAGCAGGGCACCAGCACCACCGGCACGACAUGUUCAAGAAAGGGUACGUGGCACAGGGGCAGAACCUCUUAUCCAAGAAGGAUCUGAAAGCUUUAAAAGGACAGCUCACCGAGCUGUUCCCUAGCCUCGAUGAGAAGAUGCUGGAUGAGAUCUUGCCGGAGGGUCAAGCCAAGGUAGUGAAGUUGGAUAACCGGUGCUUGCUGUAUUCCUGCGGCGAUGCGCCCCCGGCCUUCUUUGAUUCAGAGGCUCGAGGUGAGUUCUACCCAACUCUGCACACGCUUUGGCAGUUCCCGCACAUCAUGCAGGAGUUGACUAUUCAUCCGCCCGUGUCGAAAUUCGUUUUGAACGGUGCCGACCUGAUGCUGCCUGGCGUUCUCGUGCCUGCAAACGGCGUCGCCGGAUUCGGAACAGUCACGAAGGGCCAGCCACGGUGCAUCAAGAUUGAUGGCAAUCCUUAUCCCAUCGCUGUUGGGCGAAUGGUGGUGAACCAAACCCAGAUGGAGAAGCUGAAAGGCAAAGGCAUGGAGGUGAUGCACGUGUACAGAGACGCUUUGUGGGCGCAGUGUGGCAAGGUGAAACCCAACGCAGGUUUCUCAGACGAGGAGGAGGUAGCUCCAUGUGCAGACAGCAAUUGGAAGCCUGGCGCGGCGCAGGGAUCUCAGCUCUCUGCUGUACUGCACAUUCGCUCGCGCAAAGACAGCCAUUUUGCGGCAGAGGGCGGCAGCUGUACAACAACGGAUGCCACAGCGCAUCCGCUUCCACCCUGA